AUGCUCCCAACAUUCCGGACUUGUGCCCCAAAUAUCUAUGAGCCUUUAAAGAAGCUUCUUCCUACGAGGCUUCCUCCUUCACUAGUGUCUAGGUCAGGGAAUUUAUAUGAAGUGCUCUCCCGAACACCAGGAGGCGGGAUUGGGAAUGCUGUCCAUCAAUGCCGAUGGACGGACAAGGACAUCAGAAAUUCGUACUGGAUAGUUACUCGCUCUCAAUUCAAGUGCGGCGGCAAACAUGGUAAAGCAUGGGGGCUCUUAUACUGGAAAGGCAAUCUUGUUAGCCCACAAGAGGAGCGAAUACGGGGUGCUCUGAAAUAUGCAUGGAGAGAUGGCCCCUCUCAACCGGCGAAGCAACCCUCAAAAAGCUGA